CAGUUGAGCAUCUGGAACCUCAGUCUCAGUCAAACCCAUUCAAAAUGUAAAAUAUUGACUCGAUGUGAUGCUUCCUGACGAUACGACCCUGGAAUGGCUCUAGAGGAGGCUUUCCAGGUGGUUGGAGAAUUCGGAAGGCACCAGAAGCGGAUGGUGUCCAUCCAUAUAUUUCUACAGAUUUACAUGGCAUGUCAGUCCAUGCUGAUCGUUUUAGUGAGUGCUGUUCCAGAUUAUCAUGUAGAACCUGCUACAGGAGGAGCUGUUGAUGAAAUAACACAGUAUCACAUUCACAGAGGAUGUGCUCGAUUGUGAAUGAGGAAUCUGCCAGAAUCUCCACGCUGGCUGUAUUCUCGGGGUCGUACGGAGCAUGCUGAGGACAUCCUGCAGGAUUUUGCUGUGAGGAAUGUGAAAGGCAGAGUUCCAGUUAAGCUCCGCUGUUCCGUUGGUGCCAGCGUCCUGGAUGCACCCAGCCCGGGGGUUUUACAGAUGGUCACACAUCCCAUACUGCGCUGGAGGACUGUGGUGCUCAUGUAUGUCUGGUAUUCCUGUAGCUUUGUUUAUUACGACUUGACCCUCAAUGCCAGUGAGGACAAAGGUAAUUGUUACCUUAGUGUUGCCAUGUAUGGCCUGGUGGAACUUCCUGCGUACCCUCUCUACAUGUACUUCAUUAACAAACAGUGUUUUUCAGGGCAGGGAGGUGGAAGUCAAUGGCCAAUUUUCUUGCCUUUUCAGUCUUGUCCUGCUGCUUACAAUGGUUGUACCUGUAUCAGGAGGGAUUCUGGCUCCAUUUGUGCCCAGUUUGUGGGAUUUCUGCAGGCUGCUUGGUUCUCCUCUUACUGGAAACACUUAAUAAACCUGCUGCUGAAACACUUGAACAUUCCAGCCCCACCUACCAGUGGAUCUUAGAGUCGCAGGUCCACCUUUUAGAGGAGAAGCAUUUAUCUGACCACAAAGGAGCUGAUGGUGAUUGAGACAUAACCAUUGAAGACAUUUUGUAACAGGCAUUCCAGUUUACUGAUAUUUUUGACCACAAAUGACCAGUAUCAGAAUAUUGUGCCAUACACAGACUCUCUUAUGGACCUAUGGUGCCUUCCAGAAGAAAUGCACUUAAAUGAAUGAAUGAAUGAAUGUAUGUAUGUUGCAUUUGUAUAGCACUUUUCUGAUACUACACUCAAAGCACUUUACACUGUGACCAGGGGACUCUCCUCAACCACCACCAGCGUACAGCAUCCACCUGGAUGAUGUGACGGCAACCAUAGUGCACCAGUACCCUCACCACACACCAGCUGUUGGUGGAGAGGAGAGAGUGGACUGAUUCAGACAAUUAAUGGAUGGGGAUUAUGAUCAAUGCAAGAGGAGCAAUGUUGUCAAAAAUAUUUAUAGAUACAGGAAACGCAACCAUACUGUAUAUAACCACUUCUCUCACAGCUCUGUUAAUUGAAUGUUUACUGCCUUGUGUGUCUUGCUCAGUUGUUUGAAUCUGUUGUAUUUAUUUAUUUAUUUAUUUGAAUUGUGACACAACACGACGCAUUUACCAGCAUAUGUUUGUUAGCAUUCAGUCAAUAGUCAAUUAUAGGUGUUAGUGAUGGGAUUUUGUUAGAGCUAAAGAUAAUUUGAAGGUGUUUUAAGAGGCCAAUACUUUAUCCAAAGGGAGAACUGAAGCGUACAAGUGUAUAUUUCUUUAUAUUCCUCAAUAUACUCCGAAAUUAACGGAAGCGCUUUUAAAUGAACAAAUCCCCCAAAUAUUGUUGUAUUUAAACAUUUCCUGUCUGUGGCCAGUAGAUGGCGCCGUGUGGAAAGUCACCACCCUGAACUCAGGGCACCUUUGAGCCGUUCAUUGCAUUCAUGGUGAUGUCAGCAUUGACGCAGUUGAACCGUGCUCAGGUAAACCACAGGAUUUGGGAGCUGGAAGCUUCAGAGAAACCGACACACAACUUGCAACCGCAAACCUGUUUUAUUUUGUUUCCGUCUCUCUUCCCUUGCUGUAAUCGCAGCCUGUGGCGCUGCAUUGAGCUGACGGAACAGGUCGAGAGAGAGCAGGCAGUAACUGUAAUAACAGUUUUUAUUCUUAAACGCUUAUGUUUUCCUGCAAGGCCUGGCGGGCGUUAUAUCACCCUGCACAGGGAGAUAAACAGCAGGUAGAGAAGGUGUAGUCUCGUGUCUGCAUCAUCUGUGACUAGACCCUGUGUUCAACUUAAAACAAAAACAAGUGUGUCUGUUAUUAUGUCUGUCUCUGACAUUAACAUAAUUCUAUGUUUUGCAUUCCGCUAAGGACAUAGGUCACCACUUGUUGCACUCAGUAAUAUAUUCCUCAUUAAAAAGGCUUACAAUAAAGACUGACACCUAGUGGUAUGGAUACAGCAUCAAUCAAACGCAGUAGUUUUCAGUUACCGAUGCCAUUGUAGAAAUUCACUUGUACAGUGAGUCAUGAUUGCUUAAAUACAUGAGUGAAAGUGUCCAAUAACAGGGCACUUACUGAGGUUAAGAGAGUUGUGUUUGGCUGGUCAUGUGAUUCUAACA